AGACCUGGGUCAUUGCCCCAGCAACCACAAGGCCUGGGACUGGGGGGUUCCCAGGUCCCUGAAGCUCACUCCGCGUCCUCACUCUCACUGCAUUUCCCACCUGCCUGUGGGCCCUGCAGCAUCUUCAUCACUGAGGCACCUGGUUACGCUUCACCUCCUGUUUCCUGAGGCCCUCACUGCAUUUCCUCACCUCUACCUUUUCAUCCUUCCACCCUAGGCUCCUCUCCUCCCUCCUCCCUCACUCCUGACUCUUCCUCUUCCCAGCGGACGGUUCGAGGACCGCUCAGUCUCUCCUCUCUCACUUCCCUUCCUCUCUCUCACCUUCACCACCCAACACCUCCCUCCCUCCCUACCUCUUUCUUUCUGCUCCCUCAUUCUCUCCCCACCACUCUCUUCUGGUGGCCCCCUUGCCCGCGCCCCCUCUUCCCUUCCCCUUCCCUCACUCUCUCAGCUUUCUUCCCACAGUUGAGCUCGGGCAGCUCUUUCUGGGGAUAGCUAUGGGGCUUUGGGGGAAGAAAGGGACAGUGGCUCCCCAUGACCAGAAUCCAAGACGGAGACCUAAAAAGGGGCUUAUCAAGAAAAAAAUGGUGAAGAGGAAAAAACAGAAGCGCGAUAUGGCGGAACUGAAGAAGGAAGUGGUCAUGGAUGAUCACAAAUUAACCUUGGAAGAGCUGAGCACCAAGUACUCCGUGGACCUGACAAAGGGCCAUAGCCACCAAAGGGCAAAGGAAAUCCUGACUCGAGAUGGACCCAAUACUCUUACCCCACCCCCCACCACUCCAGAAUGGGUCAAAUUCUGUAAGCAACUGUUCGGAGGCUUCUCCCUCCUACUAUGGACUGGGGCCAUUCUCUGCUUUGUGGCCUACAGCAUCCAGAUAUAUUUCAAUGAGGAGCCUACCAAAGACAACCUCUACCUGAGCAUCGUACUCUCUGUCGUGGUCAUCAUUACUGGCUGCUUCUCCUAUUAUCAGGAGGCCAAGAGCUCCAAGAUCAUGGAGUCUUUUAAGAACAUGGUGCCUCAGCAAGCUCUGGUAAUUCGAGGAGGAGAGAAGAUGCAAAUUAAUGUAGAAGAGGUGGUGUUGGGAGACCUGGUGGAAAUCAAGGGUGGAGACCGAGUCCCUGCUGACCUCCGGCUUAUCUCUGCACAAGGAUGUAAGGUGGACAACUCAUCCUUGACUGGGGAGUCAGAACCCCAGAGCCGCUCCCCUGACUUCACCCAUGAGAACCCUCUGGAGACCCGAAACAUCUGCUUCUUUUCCACCAACUGUGUGGAAGGAACCGCCCAGGGUAUUGUGAUUGCUACGGGAGACUCCACAGUGAUAGGCAGAAUUGCCUCCCUGACAUCAGGCCUGGCGGUUGGCCAGACACCUAUUGCUGCUGAGAUCGAACACUUCAUCCAUCUGAUCACUGUGGUGGCCGUCUUCCUUGGUGUCACUUUUUUUGUGCUCUCACUUCUCUUGGGCUAUGGCUGGCUGGAGGCUAUCAUUUUUCUCAUUGGCAUCAUUGUGGCCAAUGUGCCUGAGGGGCUGUUGGCCACAGUCACUGUGUGCCUGACCCUCACAGCCAAGCGCAUGGCGCGGAAGAACUGCCUGGUGAAGAACCUGGAGGCGGUGGAGACGCUGGGCUCCACGUCCACCAUCUGCUCAGACAAGACGGGCACCCUCACCCAGAACCGCAUGACCGUCGCCCACAUGUGGUUCGAUAAGACCGUGUAUGAGGCCGACACCACCGAAGAACAGACUGGAAAAACAUUUACCAAGAGCUCUGAUACCUGGUUUAUCCUGGCCCGAAUCGCUGGCCUCUGCAACCGGGCUGACUUUAAGGCUAAUCAGGAGAUCCUGCCCAUUGCUAAGAGAGCCACAACAGGUGAUGCUUCCGAGUCAGCCCUCCUCAAGUUCAUCGAGCAGUCUUACAGUUCUGUGGCAGAGAUGAGAGAGAAAAACCCCAAGGUGGCAGAGAUUCCCUUUAAUUCUACCAACAAGUACCAGAUGUCCAUCCACCUUCGGGAGGACAGCUCCCAGACCCACGUACUGAUGAUGAAGGGUGCUCCGGAGAGGAUCUUGGAGUUUUGUUCUACUUUCCUUCUGAAUGGGCAGGAGUACUCAAUGAACGAUGAAAUGAAGGAAGCCUUCCAAAAUGCCUAUUUAGAACUGGGAGGUCUGGGGGAACGUGUGCUAGGCUUCUGCUUUUUGAAUCUGCCUAGCAGCUUCUCCAAGGGAUUCCCAUUUAAUACAGAUGAAAUAAAUUUCCCCAUGGACAACCUUUGUUUUGUGGGCCUCAUAUCCAUGAUUGACCCUCCCCGAGCUGCAGUGCCUGAUGCUGUGAGCAAGUGUCGCAGCGCAGGAAUUAAGGUGAUCAUGGUAACAGGAGAUCAUCCCAUUACAGCUAAGGCCAUUGCCAAGGGUGUGGGCAUCAUCUCAGAAGGCACUGAGACGGCAGAGGAAGUUGCUGCCCGGCUUAAGAUCCCUAUCAGCAAGGUUGAUGCCAGUGCUGCCAAAGCCAUUGUGGUGCAUGGCGCAGAACUAAAGGACAUACAGUCCAAGCAGCUUGAUCAGAUCCUCCAGAACCACCCUGAGAUCGUGUUUGCUCGGACCUCCCCUCAGCAGAAGCUCAUCAUUGUCGAGGGAUGUCAGAGGCUGGGAGCCAUUGUGGCCGUGACGGGUGAUGGGGUGAACGACUCCCCUGCGCUGAAGAAGGCUGACAUUGGCAUUGCCAUGGGCAUCUCUGGCUCUGACGUCUCUAAGCAGGCAGCCGACAUGAUCCUGCUGGACGACAACUUUGCCUCCAUUGUCACGGGGGUGGAGGAGGGCCGCCUGAUCUUCGACAACCUGAAGAAAUCCAUCAUUUACACCCUGACCAGCAACAUCCCCGAGAUCACGCCCUUCCUGAUGUUCAUCAUCCUCGGUAUACCCCUGCCUCUGGGAACCAUAACCAUCCUCUGCAUUGAUCUCGGCACUGACAUGGUCCCUGCCAUCUCCUUGGCUUAUGAGUCAGCUGAAAGCGACAUCAUGAAGAGGCUUCCACGGAACCCAAAGACGGAUAAUCUGGUGAACCACCGUCUCAUUGGCAUGGCCUAUGGACAGAUUGGGAUGAUCCAGGCUCUGGCUGGAUUCUUUACCUACUUUGUAAUCCUGGCUGAGAAUGGUUUUAGGCCUACUGAUCUGCUGGGCAUCCGCCUCCACUGGGAAGAUAAAUACUUGAAUGACCUGGAGGACAGCUACGGACAGCAGUGGACCUAUGAGCAACGAAAAGUUGUGGAGUUCACAUGCCAAACGGCCUUUUUUGUCACCAUCGUGGUUGUGCAGUGGGCAGAUCUCAUCAUCUCCAAGACUCGCCGCAACUCAGUUUUCCAGCAGGGCAUGAGAAACAAAGUCCUAAUAUUUGGGAUCCUGGAGGAGACACUCUUGGCUGCAUUUCUGUCCUACACUCCAGGCAUGGACGUGGCCCUGCGAAUGUACCCACUCAAGAUAACCUGGUGGCUCUGUGCCAUUCCCUACAGUAUUCUCAUCUUCAUCUAUGAUGAAAUCAGAAAACUCCUCAUCCGUCAGCACCCGGGUGGCUGGGUGGAGAGGGAGACGUACUACUAAACUCAGCAGAGGAAGAGCUUCAUGUGACACAGGGGUGUCGUGAGAGCUGGGAUGGGGCCAGAGAUUAUAAGUUUGACACAACAUCUGAGUCACUAGGAUGAAUUAUCUUGGAUGAGAAAGAUGGGCAAUCCUGGGCUGGCUUGAGGGAAUCAUGGGCAGAGGAUGAGGUGGGCUGAAGGGAAGUCCAGCCUGCAUCUAGCUGGAGCCCCACAGAGAGGGGCAUGGUCCUGCUGAAUCCUGUAGCCAGUCUAGACAGUAAAUGUCUGGAAAAGCCCUCACCGGCUGGAAGUGUCAAAUCUGAUCUUGGGGGAGUGAGGAUUACUAUGAAGCUCCCUCCACAGGUCUUCAUGAUGACCAGGCUGGGGAAGUGUUUUAAGGACCAGAGUCAAGGCUGGGAUAGGAUCAGUAUCAAGCAUCCUUGCCCUUUAAAGUCACUCUCCGAGCCACUGGACAGCAAGGACGGCAAAUUCCAGCUGAGAUCAGAGAAAUGGAAGGUGGGGGAGAGAGGAGCAGCUGAGCCACACGUGGGAGAGGGUCCACAGCAUCCACACAGGGGGUGGGUGGGGUGGAGUCAUCCGACCCCACCUUGCAGUUCCUGAGACCAGCUUGCAGACCACAGCGCUGUGGUGCUAGAAGAGAUCAGAUUGCAACAGUGAAAAGCCUGAAGUCCAGAGAGGUUAAAUGACUUGGGAACAGCCAUGUGCUGAGUGUUGUCCCUCAUCUGAGAAAGGGACAGGUAGGAGGGACAGUCUCCAGGCAUACUGGUGGUCCCUGCUCUCUACCCUCUGUCAUCAGGUCUCCUCAACCCCAUUCCGACCCUCAGCCUGUUUUCUCUGGUGUAGCCUUGAGAUAGAGGCUAUAACAAGACUUUCUGAAUCCCUGUGGCCUUUACUGUGAAGCAGCCGCCCCUGCUCUGCACGGGGUGAUGGACUUUCCCAAGAGCCUGGCCUCUGUGCCUGGGCCCAGGUGCAUUCUCAGAUGAGUGAAAAGUCGUGGAGGGCCUUUCUCUCCUGCCCACCUUCGUCUCAGCAUUUCUUCCUUCCCCUUCACCCACUCAUUCACUUUUGCUCUGUGAGCCCCUCCACUGUGCCAUGUGGAUCAGUUCAUUCUCAGGCCUCUUUCGGAGUAGAGCAUUGGCUGUGCCCAAAUGUGUACAGGGUGGAAGAGAAAUGCUAAAGAAAGCUAGGGGAACACCAUCAGCUAUUUCCAAAACAAAACACAUGUACUAGGUGUCUGCACACUACACCUAACACUGGGACGAGGGCUUUAUAUACACCAUCAAGUAAGUCACAUAAAUGUUUCCCUACCACCCACUCCAUGUUACCCAAGAAGAAACCAAGGUCUGUCCAUUUUCAGAACGUGGGCCCUUAAUCACUUUCAGACUAGUCUUUCAGUGAGGGCUGGGCC